AUGUCUUUGAAACAUGUCGCUAGAGACAUCGGAUCUUUCUUCUCAUUGAAAACGCUGGAUUCCAGGCUGAAUCCAAGUUUGGACCAGAAACGCAAACAAAAGGCGAGUUCGGGGCCGAGUAAAAGUCGGUGGAACUCACUCGAGUUCAAGAUUUAUUAUGCAGCCUUUGCCAUUGCAGUACCAAUGAUGGUGAAAACUGCAAUGUCAGCAACCAACGAACAAAACCCGAAUUUCAAUCGAAUCGAACCGCUUCUUAGCAAAGGUUGGAUCGGUGGACGAAAAGUGGACAAUAGUGAUUCGCAGUAUCGAUUUUUCCGUGACAAUCUGCCACUACUUAUCGGUUUAGCGGCGUUACACACGAUCACGAAGAAGCUAGUACUUCGCACUGUCAAAUGCCCGAAAGUCGCAUUUGACCUCAUUUUUGGACUCAUUUUUUUAUUUGCCGCUCAUGGCGUCAGCGCCCUUCGUGUCUUGACGCAUUUGAUGAUCAAUUUCACGAUCGCCAGAAGUCUUCGCAGAAAACCAAGGGUUGCCAAAGUUUUGACGUGGGCAUAUGGUAUCGGCUCUCUGUUCAUAAACGACAAUUACCGCAAAUAUCCCUUCGGAAACAUCCUGUCCAUUUUAUCGCCAUUGGAUUCCUCCUUCACCGGAAUCAUCGAACGUUGGGACGUAUUCUAUAAUUUCACUCUCUUAAGAAUGCUCAGUUUCGACAUGGAUUUCCUUGAAAAGUGGGAGGAAAUUACGCAGGGCCAAAACAACGCUACACAGACGCAACCUAAGAGCAUCAAGCCGGAGCUCAAAAGAUCUACAUCUUCGGCCACUACUUUGGAAACCAUUUGUGAGGAUGGUCACAAGAAUCUGCUUCUAGAAGAACGCGCAAGACAGAAUGCUCCUCACCAUAUCCAAGAGUACUCGCUGGCUCAUUACCUUGCCUACAUUACCUACACCCCGCUGUUUAUUGCUGGUCCCAUCAUAACCUUCAAUGACUAUCUAUAUCAAUCUCAGCACACAUUGCCUUCCAUCAACCGAAAGGCAAUUUUGAAAUAUGCGCUGCGCUUUGCUUUUUGUGUGUUGACCAUGGAAGUUGUCUUGCAUUACAUCUAUGCCGUUGCUGUGUCCAAAAUGAGGGCCUGGGAAGGCAUCACGCCAUUCCAGAUCUCUAUGAUCGGGCUGUUCAAUCUCAACAUCGUUUGGCUGAAGUUGUUAAUUCCCUGGAGACUAUUCAGACUGUGGUCAUUGAUGGACGGAAUCGAUCCACCUGAAAACAUGAUUCGUUGCAUGAAUAAUAAUUUCAGUGCUUUGGCAUUUUGGAGAGCAUGGCAUAGAUCAUUCAACAAGUGGGUUGUUCGCUAUAUUUAUAUACCACUGGGGGGUUCGGGGAAUAGAAUUCUCACCUCUUUAGCGGUUUUUUCUUUUGUCGCGAUCUGGCACGACAUCGAGCUAAAACUUUUGUUGUGGGGUUGGCUUAUAGUGCUAUUCCUGUUACCAGAAAUAUUCGCACAGCAACUCUUCUCAGGGUCUUACAAAAAGUCAUGGUACCGAUACCUUCGCUCAGUGGGCGCCAUUUUCAAUAUCUGGAUGAUGAUCAUUGCCAACUUGUUCGGCUUUUGUUUGGGUUAUGAUGGUACUAUCUACCUCAUUAAAGGCAUUUUCUUGACAUCAUCCGGUUUACAAUUCCUGUUAUGUGCGAACGGGGCCCUGUUUAUUGCAACCCAAGUUAUGUUCGAACAAAGAGAACACGAAAAACGUAAUGGAGUGAAUGUGAAAUGCUAG